UGGCUUUUCUUAAACAAGAAUUAUUAUACCAAUUCCCAUUGCAUCACGGUAUGCUGAACUUCUAGUAACACAUAUAACAGGUCAUGCAUUUCUCUGAUUCCUCCAGCAAAAGCUGCAUGUGGAUUAAAAGGUAAAUCCUAGGCAUUGUCUUGACCUGAAAUACUGAAAUAUUCAAAUCACCUUCGGACAGUAUUCAUAAAUAAGGUAUGCCCUGGAAGGCUGCUAGGCUGUAUGGAAGUUAGGCUUCAUCGUGUUUCUUUCUAGAGCUUCAAUUCUACUGACAAGCUGACCGCCAACCAAGUCAACCAGCUUGGGAACGUACUCUGCAUGUUUGGCCCAGCGGAGAUUGAUAAGCUGAGCAACAACAAUUUGAAGGAGGCUGUAGAUCAGCUGAGAGGAUGUGGCAAGUUUGAAGGAGACGUGAAGGCUUCCCUUCGCACCAAGAUCAUUGACACAUACGGGGCUUUCGAAACCUGGACCUUUGAUACCGUGAACGAGCUGCAGACCCUUGCCUCUCUGUUUAAUGAGAGUGAGAUUAACAAGUUAUCUGCGUCUGUUGACCUGAAAGAAACCCUGAAAAGCAUUCUGUCUCAGGUGAAGGAACCGGAGGGGUUUGUACCUGCAGAUGUGAACUUCACUCCUGACGUGACAAGUCUGAAGAGCUCAUUCGGCAAAAUAGUGAUUAAUUUAUUUUUCAAGGUUAGCAGGAGAAAGAGAGCCCUCACAUGCUCUGGCAUUACCAUCCCCACAAAGGACCUCAUCCUGGAGCUGGGCAGUUCAAGCAGCGCCCUCACUGUUGACCAGCUGGGGUGCUUGUCCAAUGACACGUUUAAGGAGACUGUCGAUAUCCUGGGGGAUAUCACUGCGUUUCCUAUGGAGAAGCUGACUGCCUUGAAGACUGUGGCCCUAAUGGCGUACCCCACACCCACCAACAAUGACAUUGCUGGGCUAAAGAGAAUCACGGUGGCUUUCACAGCAGCUGAGAUCAACACUUACUUUGCAACUCCAAAUAUCGAUGCGCUGGCAGCAAUCGGAAAGUACCAGGAUUGGAGCAGUGACGCAACAGUGGCAGCUACGGCUAAGCAGAUUGUUGAGAACUUCCUGAAAUCCAAUGCGUCGAACACCUUGCUCAGCAAAGAUCUGUUGGCGCUGGGCUACCUCCUGUGCGCUUUCACCCCUGAGCAGAUAGCAGCCGUUUCUGCUGCAGAGUACAGCUCCGCUGCAAGUAAUAUUGGAAAGCUGAAGUGUUCCCUGCCAGUCCUGACAGCGUUAAAGAACAAAGCUGUGGAAGCCUUCGGAGCUCCCAGCGCCUGGACCACGGUUCAAAUGCAAGACAUCGGAACCCUAACAGCUGCGCUAACCAGUGCUGAAUUUAGUGCCAUCAGCAAAGAGAAGAUGUCAUACAUUACACCUGAGGCUGUGUCCCUUAUUCCUCCUGCUGUGUUUCAAACCCUGACCAUUGACCAACUGAGAUUUCUUGGCACUGAAAACUUAGCUGCUGUGUCAUCUCAACAAAAGGCAUCGCUGGACACGACCAAAGCACUUGCUUUGAACGAGAACUCUGGAGCUACGGUUACCCCUACCUCUGCCCCUUUGACGUCAGCGAGUGCCUCUCUGGCUUGUGAGAGCCCCCUGGCGGCAGCCAUUGCUCUGGCUCUGACUCUGCUGGCUCUUUCACACUAGGAUUUGCCACCAGCCAAUCAGAAACCUCACAGGACUCUGCAUCUCCAGUGUGGACAAGAACACUUCCUCCCAAUUCCUCAAACAAAUCAACGAGCAUUCUGGGUGAACGGUGCUGUUUGUACAUCGUUCAUAGUUUUACAUUUAAAAAAAUAAAUAAAUACUGUAUAUCUUGGUAUUACUCACUACACGAACGCCCCUCUUAAAAAACACACGAUUUCAAUAAGCAAGAUGUCUACAAGCUGUCCCAUCCCCUGCUGUUCUCUCAUUUUCUAGGGUUCCUCAUAACCGUAUUCUUCAUUCUAUUUAUCCAAUCUGUUUUAUUGGGAGGGUAGGUGUAAACCUGUUUGUGACAAAUUUACAAAAACAGGGUGGGUAUGUUUGAUGACCUGUGUCAAAUAAAGCUUAAUUAUGUUUUAGCAGAA